CAUCUGCACCCAUCCGCAUUCAUCUGCACCCAUCUGCAUCCAUCUGCAUCUAUCGACGUCGACCAGAGGGUCUAUUGCACAGAUGCCAUCCCACCAAGAUGCCCGAGUGGUAGCAAGACUUGAUCUUCCCCAGCCCGCCCAUGUCGUCGAGUUUUGCCCACAUCCUCAGGCCGAAGAUCUCAUUGCUUGGGGCGGCGACACCAUUGUCGGGGUGAUCAGAAAGACCCAGACGGCCGAUGGCAGCCAAACGACAUUUACUUUGGUUGAGGAGCAUCUGGUUGGUGCCCGGGCCACGGCCAUUUCGUGGUCUCCUUCGACAACAUUCUCGUCCGAGUCGCAGAUCAUCCGGCUCGUCGUUGGGUGCGACAACGGCAAGAUCUUCCUGAUCGACCAAGGCCGGGUUCUCCUGGUUGGCUCUCAUCUCGAUACCAUCAACGAUCUGAGCUUCAGCUUCACCGAGAAGCACACCCUCGCGAGCGUUUCAGAGGACCAGACGCUCUGCAUCUGGACGCUGCCGGACAACCUGCACCACCACGAGCACGGCAGCUUCCAGCCGACAUGUGCGACUUCCCGCCUUUCGUCUCCAGGUGUCGCUGUCCGAAGUCAUCCCGAUCGGUCGAAUCUGUUUAUGGUGGCCGAAAAGUCGGGCAUCGUCCGCUUCUACGAUUUCCGGCAAGACGAAACGGUGUGGUCGGUGCUCUUGAGAGACGAUGGCCCCGGACCAGCGAUCCUGAGGGAUGCCGACUGGUCAAUUGAAAAGUCGCUGCUCAGAUUCGGGGCCGUCAUUGGGUCCAAGUGGUACAUUUGGGACUUUCCGCAUCUGGAGCCGAUCCGCGCUGGCCAUGGCCACGAAGAAGGAGCCCAUCAGUUCCGAUGGGCCCGGAACAAGAACGGCGAGACUGUAUUCGCAACAGCCACAUCAGCGCCCUCUGCCGACACGGCGGCGUCCAUCAAGGUCCACAAUAUCGACCAUCAGCUCCCGGUGCAUGUCGGCGACACCUCGAGCAAGGCCCGCGUAACCUCCAUCUCAUGGCAUCGGUCGGCCAACCUACUCGCCAGCGCAAACCGCAGCCGACUGUUGUGCCAUUCGAUCCAAAGCGGCUCCUCCUAAACAGACUGGGAAACUCUGGAUGUCCAAGGCAGCCACGUACGAUGGCUGGAUGAAUAAAGGAUAUCGCUAGCCGUCCGAUCGAGCGCUACCACUACAAUGGGUGCUGGGAGAAGCAAGCCCCCUCCCCGGAACGCUGCCGCUAUCUGUGGCUGAUUUGGCGGAUCCGCUGUAUUCCUGGCUGUCUAUCUGGCUGUGGCAUGUGCUUGAGGUUUGGCGGCGCUUGGCUGGAGAUGCAGUGGCCGAGGCUGGCAAGUGUCUCAGGCGUGGAUCCUCUGGCACACACAGGGCUGCCGAUCGAAACAUGAUGAUGCCAG